ACGAUUCAGUUCGCAAUGAUAAUUCCGAUGACAUCCAAAAUCCAAAGCCUACUAAUGGCAACGAUUCUGGUGAUAAUUCUAAGGAUGCGCAAAAUUCUGAUUCUCUAAUACUUGAUAAAGACAAACAUGAAGACCAUGAAAAAGCAGAAGCUCUCAUUAUCGUUGGAGAAUCAACCAUUCCUGAUAAAUGCAAAGAAACCAUCUCGAAUCAAAAAGACGAUUCAGUUCGCAAUGAUAAUUCCGAUGACAUCCAAAAUCCAAAGGCUACUAACGGCAACGAUUCUGGUGAUAAUUCUAAGGAUGCGCAAAAUUCUGUUUCUCUUAUAUUUGAUAAAGACAAACAUGAAGACUAUGUUAUCAUUGAAGAAUCAACCACUCCCGACAAAUGCAAAGAAACCAUCUCGAAUCAAAAAAAUGAUGGUUGUAUUGAAUUAAGCGAUUCAGUUCGCAAUGAUAGUUCUAACGAUACGCAAAAUUUAAACCUUACUCGUGGCAAUAAUGUAUUUAAUAUUGCGCAAAGUUCUGAUUCUCUUACAUUUGAUAAAGACAAACAUGAAGACUAUGUUAUCGUUGAAGAAUCUGCCACUCCCGACAAAUGCAAAGAAAUCGUCUCUAAACAAAAAGAUGACGAUUGUAUUGAAUCAAGCGAUUCAGUUCGCAAUGAUAAUUUUAAUGAUACGCAAAAUUUAAAAUUUACUAUUGGCAAUAAUGUAUUUAAUACUUCAAAGUCUACUAGUGAUAAAAAUUAUACUAAUGUCAAGCAGGAUCAAGGCUCUACUAUUGUCAACGGUGAUUUCAACAAUAGUUCAAAAAAUGUACAAAAUUCAACUUUUAAUACUAAGAACUCAAGGCCUACCAGUGACAGCGAUAAUCUUAACGAUAAAGAAGAUCAUGAUUAUAUAAAUACUACUCUUAGCAUCAAUGCCUUUAAUACCACGCAAACCUCAAGCACUAUUGUUAAGCAAGAUCAAGGUUCUACUAUUAUCAACGGAGGUAGUUUCCAAGAUACACAAAAUUCGACUUAUAAUACUAAGCAAACUUCAAGGUUUACUAGUAACAACGAUAAUCUUAACACCAAAGAAGAACAAGAUUCUAUUAAUUCAACUUUUGACAACAAUAUCUCUAAUACUACGCAAAAUUCAAGGUCUAUUAGUGAUAAUGAUAAUUCUAACUCCAAGCAAGUUCUUGGUUAUGCCAAUUUUGUAGAUUCAAAUCCUACUCCUAAUACUAAGCAAAACUUGAGAUCUACUAAUGACAGCAAUGAUCCUUACGCUAAGCAAGAUCAAGCUUCUAUUAUUACCAACAAUGAUUCAAACAAUAGUUUCAAACAAGAUUUAAGUUCUAUUCUUGACAACUAUGCUUCUAAUGAUAAACAAAAUUUAUGGUCUACUAGUGGCCACGAUAGUCUUAACGUCAGAAAAAUCAACGAUGAUUUGAAAGUAGAAAAAAUUAAAUCGAUUCGUUCAUCAAAAACUAUUAGCAUUUUAGUUGCUGUCAUUGCUAUUAUUUUUGGAUUUGCAUUUUACUAUGGACCAAUAUUUGAUAUGUCCCUUCCGCCUGUUGACUCGCCUAUAUUUAGAGACCUUAUAAAUACCACUAAUUUGCUUUCUGGACAACUCACUGAGCUUAAUAUACCAGCAUCCUCCGUGAUAAUGGGAUAUCGAGUAACAAGUAAAAAUCUCGCCGACAUUAUAAACCGGAAUAAAUUAUCUUCUAAAAAUUCUGAUAAGGUAGCACAAUACCUCAAUCAGCUUGGGGAUAAAAUAAGUAACUCUGGAGAGGCCAUCGAAAAAAUGUAUUCCACUGGUAAUCAUGCUCUUAAAGAAAUUUCAUCAGAACUGAGAUUCAUCAAUGACGAAAUUUCCCAGGAACAAGUUAUUACAAGGCAGGAUGCAGAAUACUUUGCUGAACGUUACGGAAAGAUUUUAAAUGCCAUCACAAAGUUACGAGAUGAAUUCCGAAUAACUUUAAAUGAACUUGAUGAUCUUUAUGAUUUAUAUAUUGGGACGCACCACCAACUUGCAAAUGGAAUGAAAGAUGUAGAACUUUUUUUUGACGAAGUUACACCAGAGUUGAAGAAGCUCUAUAAUAUAGAAAAAUUAAAACGAAAUCUCAGUUAUUUAAAACAGAUUAUGAAGAAAAUUCCUGACAUUCGGGAUCGUAUUAAUAAACUUUUAUUUGAGUUCAAUAAACAUCGAUUGGUAUUAAUUGGGUAUCGCAGUGAAUGGAAUAGAUUUCAGAGACGAAAACUAGUUUCUUUUGAAGAUACUGAGAGGAUAGAGGAAAUGAUUCAGAAAUUAACUUAUGUAAUUAAAAUCUUUGCAAAGAAAGAUUUAGAAACUACUGAAAAACGAAUUUACAUAUAA